AUGCUGACUACUAUUGCCCCUAGCCAGAAGUCGUUGGAAUCCAACCUCCAGUACUGGCUGGUAUUUUUGAGGUUCGUGGUGCAGAAGCUCGAUCUUCACAGAGAUGAUCAGGGUCUGGAUCAAGAGGACAGGGAAGAAAGGAGAAGAUUGUGGUGGGCAACCUAUAUCAUUGACCGGCAUGUCGCUCUGUCAUUCAACGGGCGUCCACGUCUCACCGACCAGGAGUGCUCGUAUUUACCGGUUCCAUGUCCAGAUGCGGUCUGGGAUCAGAUGAGUCCAUUGCCUCAGCUCAGUAACGAUGUGCUCCAGAGCUCAGAGUCAAGGUAUCAACUACGCAGUCUCGAUAUGCUCGGGACGUUCUUGCCUUUAUCGAGCAGGAUACUAGGUGACAUCCUCGAGUAUCGUUUCCUCGACGAUCACCCAACAUUCAGUAGCAACAAAGCUCUGCUGGAUACCAGCCGCAAGGUCAUAAUCCAGAAUCUAAGGCUGUGGCUUGACUCGUUUGAGUCCUUAGUUGAGCCUAGCUUCUGUCGAAUCGCAGAACCAGGCUGCGAACUGAUGCCGUCGCCCAAUGCCCCUGCUGUCGCUUACUACGGCUUACACAUGUACCACUGCAUGUUUGUCCUGCUCCACGGCCGCAUGGAUGUGGUUCGAAUGUAUCAUGACCUAGAAUGGCAAGCAUCCGCGGACUUUUUGACGGCCGGUGAACACGCUGUGGCGUGCGCGAACGUUGCAAGUCACAUCCUUCGAGUUGAUCCUCAAUUGAGCUUUAUGUAUCGAUACUUCGGCACAUACUUCCUGCAGUCGUCCUUCAUCUUUCUAAUCCUGGCGCAGAAACUGGGUCAGAAAUCCGACAAACUGAUUCUGCGCAAUUGUGCGAUCAAUCUUCAGGUCUUGGAUCAAUUUGUCCUGGCUACCAAUAUGGAUUAUCAGCGGACAUUUGCCAAGCUUCUGCGGAAAGCUCUAAGCUACAACAUGAAGCAACACUCACCAGAUCAAGCUCAGGAUGGCCAUGGUGAUACUUCGCCACUGGAAGAGCUGCAGAGUAAUCUUGAUCCCGAAAUGCUUCGUUACCGCUGGACUCCGGGAUUUACCGGCCUAUGGGCACAUGGAGGACCUUAA